GCACUGGGCCUCCUGCAGCUGAGCGCCCGAACUUAACCACUCGCCCCAGGGCGGGCCCCGGUAUAUUUCUUAAGCUCUAUUUCAAAAGCAAUUUGUACUCUGUUCUGCAUAAAAACACCAAAAUUUUAAUGAAAGUAAUUUUUAUAAUAAAAGUAACUAGCUUACUUUCGUAUGGAUUAAGAAUACACUAAAUUAACUAAGAAAGCAUGACUUUUGGGAGUUUAUAAAAUUAAUAAACAUAUGUUGACACUAUCUAAAUAAGCGGGCUUGCAUUCCACGUCUUUAUAGAUCCAGGCCUAACUCGCUUGCCUCCCUGCGUCGAGGUCACGCCUUGCAGCCCGCCGAAAGGCUCCGCCCAACACAGUCUGCUGUUCUGCGCCCUGUCACUUGGCGAGUCCAGAGAUUGCUGCCUCUGGUGACCAGACUCUAAAAGGCCGCUCGCCCGGGUCUCGGGAAUCCCGGGGAUCUCCCGGAAAAUGACGGCGUCUUGCCCGCGGCGCUGGGCACCUCUCUGUCGCCCCGAGAGCCACUUCUCUUCUUGGUGCUCCUUUCGGAUCCUUUUAGGGGCCCUAGUGCUCCUGCUACCCAUGUCCUCCGACGCCUGUGGUGAUCCACCAAGAUACCAAUCCAUGAAGCUGAAGGGUGUCGCUCAACCCCGUUAUAGGCCUGGGGCCAUAAUAGAAUACGAGUGUCGUCUAGGCUACAGGCUCAAGAGACCUCCUCUUCCCACCUCUGCCCGCUGUCAGGCUGAUAACACAUGGACACCUCUCCAGGAGGCUUGUAGAAGAAAAUCAUGUCCACAUCCAGUAGAGCCGGUAGAUGGCGCAGUACAGUAUGUAAAUGGGACUUUGGAGCUUGGUUCACAGGUUCACUAUGUUUGUAAUAAGGGUUAUAACUUAAUUGGAACUAAAAUUCUGUAUUGUGAACUUGAUGGAGAAAAUGUGAAUUGGAGUGACAAUCCCCCACUAUGUCAAGGACAUCUUGGUCCUCCCGAUGAAUCACAACCACCUAAAGACACGUGAACUUCAGGGAAACAGAGGAGAGUGCCGCAUACAGCACUUACCAGAAUAAGUCAACCACACCAGUAAAGCAGACACAUUAAACAGUCUUGACAAACCAGU